AUGCUACAAUUGAAAUCCCUAUUACCACUCGCUCUAUUGCUUUUGAACAGUCUAGAUGCUGUCAAUGCUAAGGUUCACAAGCUAAAAAUUCAAAAGGAAGAUUUGACUUUGAAUGAAGAUGUCACUUUUGAGCAACAUAUUGCUAGUUUGGGUCACAAGUACAUGAACCAUUUCGAAAGAGCUAACCCAGAAGUUAGCUUUUCCAGAGACCAUCCUUUCUUUGCUGAAGGUGACGGUCAUAAUGUUCCAUUAACUAACUACUUGAAUGCUCAAUAUUUUGCUGAUAUUUCUGUUGGUACCCCACCACAAAACUUUAAGGUUAUUUUGGACACUGGUUCUUCUAACUUAUGGGUUCCAAGCUCUGAAUGUAAUUCAUUGGCUUGUUUCCUACAUUCCAAAUAUGAUCAUGAUGCCUCUUCCAGUUAUAAGGCAAACGGCACCAAAUUCGCUAUUCAAUAUGGUUCCGGUUCCCUAGAAGGUUACAUUUCUCAGGACACAUUGAAUAUUGGUGACUUAACCAUCCCAAAGCAAGACUUCGCCGAAGCUACCAGUGAACCUGGUUUAACAUUUGCUUUUGGUAAAUUUGAUGGUAUCUUAGGUCUAGCUUAUGAUACCAUUUCUGUUGAUAAGGUUGUCCCACCUUUCUACAAUGCCAUUGAACAAGGCUUAUUGGAUGAAAAGAAGUUUGCUUUCUAUUUAGGUGAUACCAAGAAGGAUGAAAAGAAUGGUGGUGAAAUUACCAUUGGUGGUAUUGACGAAUCAAAAUUCAAAGGUGAUAUCGAAUGGCUACCUGUUCGUCGUAAGGCUUACUGGGAAGUUAAAUUUGAAGGUAUUGCCUUGGGUGAUCAAUAUGCUGCAUUAGAAAAUCACGGUGCUGCUAUUGAUACUGGUACCUCUUUGAUUACUUUACCAUCUGGUCUUGCUGAAAUCAUUAACACUGAAAUUGGUGCCAAGAAGGGAUGGACUGGUCAAUAUACUUUGGAUUGUGACACUAGAGAUGGAUUACCAGAUUUGACUUUUAAUUUCAAUGGUAAGAAUUUCACAAUUUCUCCAUUUGAUUACACUUUAGAAGUUUCUGGCUCUUGUAUCUCUGCCAUUAUGCCAAUGGAUUUCCCAGAACCAAUGGGUCCAAUGGCUAUUGUUGGUGAUGCCUUCCUACGUAAGUACUAUUCCAUUUACGAUCUGGACAACCAUGCCGUUGGUUUAGCUGAAGCCAUUUAG